CGGGCCUCGAGAGGCGGGCCGCGUCGGGCGGGCCGGCCGCGGGAAGAUGGUGUUCGAGUCGGUGGUCGUGGACGUGUUGAACCGGAUCUUGGGGGACUAUGUGGUGAACCUGGACUCGUCGCAGCUCUCUCUGGGCAUCUGGAGAGGAGCUGUGACCCUCAAGAAUCUUGUAAUUAAAGAAAAUGCCCUGAGUCAGUUGGAUGUACCGUUUAAAGUUAAAGUUGGUCACAUAGGAAAUCUUAAACUUAUAAUUCCUUGGAAAAACCUUUAUACUCAACCAGUUGAAGCGGUAUUGGAAGAAAUUUAUUUAAUUAUAGUGCCUUCCUCUAGAAUAAAAUAUGACCCGAUAAAAGAAGAAAAGCAGCUUAUGGAAGCAAAGCAACAGGAGUUAAAAAGAAUAGAAGAAGCAAAACAAAAAGUAGUUGAUCAAGGAAAUCCCCCAGAGGAAAAACAGGACACUUUUGUAGAAAAGUUAGUUACUCAAAUCAUAAAAAAUCUGCAAGUAAAAAUUUCCGAAAUCCAUAUUCGUUAUGAAGAUGAUGUCACGCAUAGAGACAGGCCACUAUCAUUUGGUGUCUCCCUUCAGAAUCUGAGCAUGCAGACUACUGAUCAGUACUGGGUUCCAAGUUUACAUGAUGAAACUGAGAAGCUAGUUCGUAAGUUAAUCCGGUUGGAUAACCUUUUUGCCUAUUGGAAUGUGGAGUCUCAGAUGUUUUAUCUUAAUGAUUUUGAUGCCUCAUUGGAAAAAUUGAGGAAUGGCAUUGUCAAUGAAAAUAUUGUUCCUAAAGGUUAUGAUUUUGUGUUCCGCCCCUUGUCUGUUAAUGCCAGACUUCAGCUGAGUCGCCGAUCAGACUUUGACUUUUCUGAUCCCAAAAUCAACCUGGAUGUUGAGUUGCAUAACAUAGCAAUUGAAUUUAAUAAACCACAGUAUUUCAGUCUUAUGGAGCUUCUUGAAUCUAUCGAUAUGAUGAAACAAAACCUGCCGUAUAGGAAAUAUAAGCCAGAUGUGCCUCUGCAUUACCAUGCCAGGGAAUGGUGGGCUUAUGCCGCACACGGCAUUCUGGAAGUAAAUGUGAUCCCCAGCUUACAGAUGUGGUCCUGGAAGCAUAUUCGUGAACACAGACAGAAAGUGAAGCAGUAUAAAGAACUGUAUAAAAAAAAGCUAACGAAUAAGAAGCCAUCCGGGGAAGUUCUUACAGCUUUGGAGGAAUUAGAAAAAUCUCUGGAUGUCUUUAAUAUAACUCUAGCCAGACAACAGGCAGAGGUUGAGGUAAAGAAAUCUGGAUACAAGAUUUAUAAAGAAGGUGUUAAAGAUGCAGAGGAUAACAAAGGAUGGUUUGGCUGGCUGUGGAGUUGGUCGGAACCGAGUACCAAACAGCAGCCGGAUGUUAAACCUGGAACCCUUGAAGAAAUGUUGACACCUCAAGAGAAAGCCUUACUCUAUGAAGCGAUUGGCUACAGCGAAACAGCCGUUGAUCCAACCUUGCCAAAAACAUUUGAAGCAAUGAAGUUUUUUGUGCACUUGAAAAGAAUGUCUAUUGUCCUAAGAGAAAAUGACCAGGAGCCUGAGCUGUUAGACAUUGUGCUGGAGGAACUGAGCACUCUGGUUGUGCAGCGACCCGGAGCACAGGCGUUGAAAUUUGUUACCAAAAUAGAUUCGUUUCAUGUUACUGGCUUACCAAAUAAUUCAGAAAAACCCCGCCUCUUGUCAUCUCUGGAUGAUACGAUGUCUCUCUUCCAAAUCAUAUUUGAGAUAAAUCCGUUAGAUGAAACUGUUGCCCAAAGAUGUAUCAUAGAAGCUGAGCCUUUAGAGAUGAUAUACGACGCAAGAACGGUGAACAACAUAGUGGAAUUCUUCAGACCUCCGAAAGAGCUGCAUCUCGCACGGCUCACGUCAGCCACUCUGACAAAACUGGAAGAAUUCCGUGACAAGACAGCCACAGGUCUGCUCUAUAUUAUUGAAACACAGAAAGUUCUUGAUCUGAGAAUUAACUUGAAGGCUUCAUACAUUAUUGUCCCGCAAAAUGGAAUUUUUAGCUCGAUGUCGAAUUUACUUCUUUUGGAUCUUGGUCAUCUAAAGGUAACCAGUAAAAGUCGUUCACAGUUGCCAGAUGUGAAACAAGGUGGGGCCAAUCUUGAAGAGAUAAUGCAUAGAGCAUAUGAUUCAUUUGAUGUUCAGCUUACAAGCAUACAGCUGCUUUACAGCAGAGUUGGAGAUAAUUGGAAAGAAGCACGAAAGCUCAACGUGUCCACACAGCACCUUCUGGUCCCUAUGCACUUCAAUGUGGAGCUCUCGAAGGCCAUGGUUUUCCUGGACACAAAGAUGCCCAAAUUCAAAGUUUCUGGAAAGUUGCCUCUUGUUUCUUUACGAAUCUCGGAUAACAAACUGCAAGGGAUUAUGGAACUGGUUGACAGCAUUCCAAAGCCUCAACCUGUGACAGAGGUAUCUGCCCCUGUCAGACCACUGCAGACUCGCACAUCUCUCUCUUUGGGAGCGUCACAGCUUACACAGAAAAGAAUUACUCUCUUGGAGCUUCCUUCUGUUGCGGAAGAUGAUUCAGAGGAGGAAUUUUAUGAUGCACCAUGUAGUCCCUUAGAAGUAACUCCUCAAAUUCCAACCAGAGUUAAAAGUAUUCGACACAGAAAGUCACAAAAACAGGAUCGUUCUGUAAAUUUGACUGAGUUUAAAAUACGAUUUGAAGUAGCGGAGGUUUUGAUUCAGUUUUACCACCUUGUUGGAGAUUGUGAACUACCUGUGAUAGAACUUGAUGUGUUAGGAUUGGGAACGGAAGUUGAGAUCAGAACAUUUGAUUUGAAAGCAAAUGCAUUUUUGAAAGAGUUUUGCUUAAAAUGCCCAGAAUACAUGGAUGUAAACAAGAAACCAGUUUAUUUGGUUACAACAUUGGAUAACACAAUGGAAGACCUGUUAACAAUGGAAUAUGUGAAGGUUGAAAAAGGUGCACCUAAUUUGAAAAGUGCCUAUAACAAUGUUGUACAGUUGAUUAAGGUGAAUUUUUCUUCUUUGGAUAUUCAUUUACAUACUGAAGCACUUCUGAAUACAAUAAAUUACCUCAAUAAUAUCCUUCCACAAGCAGAGGGAAAACCAACUUCGGUAUAUGUCGCAGAGACUGAAGACAAAGGGGAUGUCAUCAAAAAAAUAGCUGUAAAGCUCUCCACAAAUGAAGAUAUCAUUACCUUGCAGAUUUUAGCAGAAUUAUCAUGCUUACAGAUUUUUAUUCAGGAUGAGAAACGUAACAUUUCUGAAAUCAAAAUUGAAGGGCUUGAUGCUGAGAUGGUGAUGAGGCCUUUGGUCACUGAAAUCAAUGCAAAGCUCAGGAAUAUAGUUGUUCUGGAUUCUGACGCAACAGCCAUAUACAAAAAGGCUUUGUAUAUAACUGGAAAAGAAGUUUUCAGCUUCAAAGUGGUUUCUUACGUGGAUGCAACUGCCGGCUCUGCAUACACAGACAUGAGCGUGGUGGACUUCCAAGUUGACUUAACUGUUGGUUGCAUUGAGGUGGUUUUUGUCACGAAAUUUCUGUAUACUGUACUGGCUUUUAUAGAUAAUUUUCAAGCAGCAAAACAAGCGUUGGCCGAGGCAACUGUUCAGGCCGCGGGCAUGGCUGCUACUGGUGUGAAGGAACUGGCACGCAGGAGCUCCCGGAUGGCCCUGGAUGUGAACAUCAAAGCCCCUGUGGUGGUGAUCCCACAGUCCCCGGUGGCUGAGAACAUCUUUGUUGCUGAUUUUGGACUCAUCACCAUGAAGAAUACCUUCUACAUGAUAACGGAGAGCCAGAGCAACCCCCCGCCUGUCAUUGAUCUGAUCACAGUGAAGCUGAGUGAGAUGCGGCUGUACAGGUCUCAGUAUAUUAAUGAUACAUACCAACAAGUGCUGGAUAUACUGCUGCCAUUAAAUCUUGAAGUGGUUGUCGAGCGAAAUUUGUCUUGGGAGUGGUACCAAGAAGUUCCUUUUUUUAACGUGAAUGCUCAGCUAAAACCCAUGGAGUUUAUCCUCAGUCAAGAAGAUAUAACAAUUAUUUUUAAAACGUUGUAUGGCAACAUCUGGUACGAAGACGAUCACAUUGCCUCAGCUGCUGCGGAAGACCAACCAAAUGUUAGUAAUGAAGUUCCCAGCGCUUCGCCCCAUGCAGCAGGAGCGACUGUGGUGACGGCUGCUGUGGUAGAAGUACACUCACGUGCGUCUCAAGUGAAGACGAUGCUGAACAUGACCUUGAAAACGGAUUAUCUCACCAUGGUGCUGUACAGCCCAGGUCCUGCGGAGGCUUCCUUCACAGAUGUCCGGGAUCCUUCCCUUAUACUUGCUGAAUUUAAACUGGAGAAUAUUUUAAGUAUUGCAAAAAUGUAUUCAGAUGAUUCAACAUCAUCUUCCUUCUCAUUAAAAAACUGCAUUUUAGAUGAUAAAAGGCCUCAUGUCAAGAAAGCAACUCCAAGGAUGAUAGGCCUAACUGUUGGGUUUGAGAAGAAGGACAUGAUGGACGUGAAGCAUAGAAGAGUCCGCGAUUACUGCGUGACAGAUGCAGUCUUUCAAGAAAUGUACAUUUGCGCCAGCGUGGAGUUCCUCCUGACUGUGGCCAAUGUCUUUUUUGAAGCUUACGCUGCAGGCUUAGUUGUAGAAAGCAGUGUUCAAACGUGGGCGUCUAAGGACGAAGUACCUGCACAGCAACCAGAGAAAUAUGAAGUUAAUAUUAUCAUUAAGAAUCCUGAGAUUGUGUUUGUAGCUGACAUGACCAGACACGAUGCUCCUUCUUUAGUCAUUACGACGCAGUGUGAGGUCUGCUGCAAAGGAGACGUGGAGAGCAGCACAGUGACUGCUGCCGUUAAAGACCUCCAAGUGCAGGCGUGCCCGUUCCUGCCCGCCAAGAGGAAGGGCAAGGUCACCACUGUAUUGCAGCCCUGUGACUUGUUCUAUCAGGCUACUCAGACAGGGUCAACUCCGCAGGUGAUUGACGUGUCCGUGAAAUCCCUGACGUUAAAGGUUUCACCAGUUAUCAUAAACACCAUAAUUACUAUAACUUCAGCACUUUACACAACUAAGGAAACCAUUCCAAAAGAAGCUGCUGCUUCUACGGCACAUUUGUGGGAGAAGAAGGAGAUAAAGAACUUAAAAAUGUGGUUUCUGGAAGAAUCAAAUGAAACUGAAAAAAAGGCUCCCGCAGCUGAGUUGGCGCCCAAAGGAGAGAUGAUAAAAGUGAACGUGGACUCCGUGUUUAUAGUCCUCGAGGCUGGGGUCGGGCAGAGAACGGUGCCCAUGCUGUUGGCCAAGUCCCGGUUUACAGGGGAAGGCAAGAACUGGAGCACGCUGAUAAAUCUCCACUGUCACAUUGAACUGGAAGUACAUUAUUAUAAUGAAAUGUUUGGUGUAUGGGAGCCUUUGCUUGAACCUUUAGAAAUUGAUCAGACUGAGGAUUUUAGACCAUGGAAUCUUGGAAUCAAGAUGAAAAAGAAAGCCAAAAAGGCUAUUGUCGAGUCGGAUGUGGAAGAAGAAAAUUACAAAGUGCCAGAAUAUAAAACUGUGAUCAGUUUCUAUUCCAGAGACCAGUUAAAUAUCACAUUGUCCAAAUGUGGCCUUAUCAUGUUAAAUAAUUUAGUCAAGGCGUUCACAGAAGCUGCCACUGGGCCCGCACCUGUCUUCGUCCGGGAUCUCGCACCGUUCAUCGUCGUCAAUUCCCUCGGCCUGCCUGUCUCUGUUUCGCCGAGCGAUUCUUUCAGUGUGCUCAGUGUUCCUCUGGCAAAGUCGUAUGUACUGAAAAGUGAGGAGAGCUUGAGUAUGGAUUAUGUGCUCAGGAAGGACAACGAUCACUUCAGUGCGAUGACCAGCCUGAGCAGCAAACUCUUCUUCAUUCUUCUAACACCUGUUAACCAUUCCACUGCUGAUAAGAUUCCGUUAACAAAGGUGGGACGACGUCUGUAUACUGUGAGACACAGAGAGUCUGGAGUGGAAAGAUCUAUUGUCUGUCAGAUCGAUGCAGUGGAAGGAAGUAAGAAGGUUACGGUUCGCUCCCCAGUGCAGAUUAGAAAUCAUUUUUCAGUGCCGCUCUCUGUUUAUGAAGGAGAUAAAUUAUUAGGAACUGCUUCACCUGAAGAUGAAUUCAACAUACCAUUAGCAUCUUACCGAUCAUUGCUUUUUCUGAAGCCAGAAGAUGCGGACUAUCGAAAGUGUGAAGGAAUUGACUUUGAGGAAAUUAUAAAAAACGAUGGUGGUCUUCUGAAGAAGAAGUGUAAAUCUGUAAAUCCUUCUAAGAAACUAUUUAUUAUUAAUGUUGUCCCCGAAAAAGAUAACUUGACGUCUCUCUCGGUGUAUUCUGAGGACGGCUGGGACCUGCCCUACGUUUUGCAUCUGUGGCCGCCUAUCCUACUGCGAAAUCUUCUGCCCUACAAAAUUGCUUACUACGUGGAGGGUAUAGAAAAUACAGUUUCUACUCUAAGUGAAGGUCACUCAGCCCAGAUUUGUAAUGUGCAGCUGGAGAAAGCCACGCUGCAUUUAAAAUUACUUGAUUACCUGAGCCGCGACUGGCAGAGUGAGUAUCACAUGAAACCCGCGCAGCAGGACAUCAGUUUCAUCAGUUUCACCUCUGUUACAGAAACCGAAAAAACUGAGUUAGAUAUUGCUGUCCACGUGACUUACAACACUGGCCAGACAGUUGUGGCAUUUCACAGUCCGUACUGGAUGGUCAAUAAAACUGACCGGAUGUUGCAGUACAAAGCAGAUGGGAUCCAUCGGAAGCAUCCACCGAAUUACAAAAAGCCAGUUCUCUUCUCUUUUCAGCCGAAUCACUUUUUUAAUAAUAAUAAGGUUCAGCUUAUGGUGACAGACAGUGAGUUGUCGGAUCAAUUUUCCAUUGACACUGUUGGCAGUCAUGGAGCUGUUAAAUGCAAAGGCCUGAAAAUGGAAUACCAAGUUGGUGUCACAAUAGACCUCAGUAGCUUUAACAUUACUAGAAUUGUUACAUUUACACCUUUUUACAUGAUUAAAAACCAAAGUAAAUAUCGUGUAUCAGUGGCUGAAGAAGGACAUGAAAAGUGGCUUUUUCUUGAUUUGGAUCAGUGUAUCCCCUUUUGGCCUGAGGAUGCUGCUGGUAAACUACUUAUACGAGUGGAAGGGAAUGAAGGGCCUCCCAAAAGGAUAUAUUUUAACAAGCAAGAAAAUUGUAUUUUAUUGCGUCUCAAUAAUGCGCUUGGAGGUAUUAUAGCAGAGGUUAACUUGGCCGAGCACUCCACGGUUAUCACAUUUUCAGAUUAUCAUGACGGGGCAGCCACUUUCCUGUUAAUAAAUGAUACCAAAGAAGACCUCAUUCAGUACAAACAAAGUUCCCUCAGUGAAAUAGAAGAUUCUCUUCCUCCUGGAAAAGCAGUGUUUUAUACAUGGGCUGAUCCCGUGGGUUCUAGAAAGUUGAAUUGGAGAUGUGGAAAAAGCCAUGGUGAAGUAACACAGAAAGAUGAUAUGAUGACACCUAUAAAUUUGGGGAAAAAGACCAUUUAUUUAGUUUCAUUCUUUGAAGGCUUACAGCGCAUUAUUUUAUUCACUGAAGAUCCCAGGGUUUUUAAAGUAACAUAUGAAAGCGAGAAAGCAGAGUUAGCGGAGCAAGAAAUUGCACUGGCACUGCAAGAUGUUGGUAUUUCUCUGGUCAACAAUUACACAAAGCAAGAAGUAGCCUAUAUAGGCAUUACAAGUUCCGAUGUGGUUUGGGAGACCAAGCCUAAGAAGAAGGCGAGAUGGAAGCCGAUGAGCGUGAAACACACCGAGAAGUUAGAGAGAGAAUUUAAGGAAUACACCGAAUCUUCACCUUCAGAAGAUAAAGUCAUUGAGCUGGACACUCACAUCCCGGUUCGUUUUACACCUAGUGGUAAUAACAUGAAAAUUUUGCAACCACAUGUAAUAGCUCUCCGAAGAAAUUAUCUUCCAGCAUUGAAAGUGGAACAUAGCACAUCUACACAUCAGUCAUCAUUUAGAAUUCAAGUUUACAGAAUACAGAUCCAAAACCAGAUACAUGGCGCUGUGUUUCCUUUUGUGUUUUAUCCGAUUAAGCCCCCCAAGUCUGUCACCAUGGACUCAGCGCCCAAGCCGUUUACAGAUGUCAGCAUUGUCAUGAGAUCCGCAGGACAUUCCAAGAUCUCGCGUAUUAAGUAUUUUAAAGUGUUGAUUCAGGAGAUGGACCUCAGGUUGGACCUUGGGUUUGUGUAUGCUUUAGCAGACCUCAUGACAGAGGCGGGAGUCACCGAGAACACGGAGGUUGAACUUUUUUCUAAAGAUAUGGAAGCUUUUGAAGCAGAGUGUAAAACUGACUCGUUAGUAGACCAGUCACAAGUCAGUCUCUAUGAAUACUUCCAUAUAUCCCCUAUCAAGUUGCACUUGAGUGUCUCACUGAGUCCGGGUCGAGAAGAAGCUAAGGAUGCAGACCAACACGGAGGACUGAGGCCGGUGCACUCUUUAAAUCUGCUGCUGAAGAGUAUUGGAGCCACCCUUACAGAUGUACAGGAUGUCGUCUUUAAGCUUGCCUUCUUUGAGCUCAACUAUCAGUUCCAUACAACAUCUGAACUUCAGUCUGAGGUGAUUAGACACUAUUCCAAGCAGGCCAUUAAGCAGAUGUAUGUACUCAUUCUUGGACUUGAUGUUUUGGGAAAUCCCUUUGGCUUAAUUAGAGAAUUUUCAGAAGGUGUGGAAGCAUUUUUCUAUGAACCUUACCAGGGAGCCAUUCAGGGUCCUGAAGAGUUUGUAGAGGGAAUGGCGCUAGGAUUUAAGGCUCUACUUGGUGGAGCUGUUGGUGGAUUAGCAGGCGCUGCUUCUAAAAUCACGAGUGCCAUGGCCAAAGGAGUAGCAGCUAUGACGAUGGAUGAAGACUACCAGCAGAAGAGAAGGGAGGCCAUGAAUAAGCAGCCGGCCGGUCUUAGAGAAGGCAUCACUCGUGGAGGCAAAGGCUUAGUGUCUGGUUUUGUAAGUGGCAUAACAGGAAUUGUCACAAAGCCAAUCAAAGGAGCUCAAAAGGAAGGAGCAGCUGGUUUCUUUAAAGGAGUUGGGAAAGGUUUAGUUGGAGCAGUGACGAGGCCGACUGGAGGCAUCAUAGACAUGGCCAGCAGUACAUUUCAGGGGAUAAAAAGAGCUACAGAGACUUCAGAAGUGGAGAGUCUGCGACCUCCUCGGUUCUUCAGUGAGGACGGGGUGAUCAGACCUUACAGGCUGCGGGACGGCACUGGGAAUCAGAUGUUACAGGUCAUGGAAAACGGAAGAUUUGCAAAACACAGAUACUUCACCCAUGUCAUGAUCAAUCAAACAGACAUGUUCAUGAUAACCAGAAGUGGGGUGUUGUUUGUAACAAAAGGAACCUUUGGACAGCUUACGUGUGAGUGGCAGUACAGUUUUGACGAAUUCACGAAAGAACCAUUCAUUGUUCAUGGGAGAAGACUGCGCAUCGAAGCAAAGGAACGAGUAAAGUCUGUAUUCCAUGCAAGAGAGUUUGGAAAAAUAAUUAACUUCAAGACCUCAGAGGAUGCUAGGUGGAUCCUCACAAAGCUAGAAGAGGCAAGAGAACCUUCUCCAAGCCUCUGAUGGAGAACACAGCCUGAAGACACACAGCAAUAAACAACCACAGCUUCAAUACUGUACCUUCCCAAACCUGCUUGGGAGCAUUUGGAAGAGGUAAUUCCAGGUACCAUGUGUUCUAG